CCCCACUCUCGCAAUCCUCCCUCGCGCCUCUCCCUCUUCCCUUCUUUCCCUUUCUCUGUCUCUGAAUCGAAUCGGAAUCGGAGUCGUCGGAAUUUCACCUCGAGAGGUGGUAGAAAAGGGUGCCGGCGGGGAUGAAUUUGGUGAGCUUCGCCUCCGCCAUGGAAGGCGUGGCGUGGCGGGGAUUGGUGUAUACGGUGUUCAUCCUCCACUUUGUCCUCGCUUGUCAGCUGCUACUUCUUCAGCCUCUCGUGUCCGCCGUAGAUGGAAAAUCAGGUGAUGCAGCUGAGCUGUUCGAGAGAGUGUCACAAAACAUCAAGGUGAAACGCUACAAUGAGGCUCUUAAUGAUCUUAACGCUGCCAUAGAAGCAGAUCCGACACUAUCAGAAGCUUAUUUCCACCGCGCCUCUACUCUUCGUCUGCUAUGCAGAUUUGAGGAAUCAGAGAGGAGCUACAGAAAAUAUUUGGAGCUAAAGCCUGGGAAAGCAGUUGCAGAAAAGGAGCUGUCUCAGUUGCUCCAGGCUCAGAGUGCUCUGGAUAGUGCAGUUUCUCUCUUUGACUCGGGAGAUUUUACAAAAUCUCUGGAAUAUGUUGACAAAGUUGUGCUUGUUUUUUGUCCGGCAUGCUCAAAGGCAAAAUUUCUGAAAGUAAAAUUGUUAUUGGCUGCGAAAGAUUAUUCUGGUGCCAUUGCGGAGACAGGAUAUAUGCUUAAGGAGGAUGAGAACAAUUUAGAUGCAUUAUUGCUCCGUGGCCGUGGCUAUUAUUAUUUGGCGGAUCAUGAUGUGGCUUUAAGGCAUUACCAAAAAGGUCUCCGCCUUGAUCCAGAGCAUAGUGAACUAAAGAAGGCUUACUUUGGAUUGAAAAAUUUGCUCAAGAAAUCGAAAAGUGCAGAAGACAAUGUAAAUAAGGGUAAGUUGCGGGUGGCAGUAGAGGAUUAUAAAGCAGCUAUCGCUCUGGAUCCUGACCAUGCUGCACACAAUGUCCAUCUUUAUCUUGGCCUGUGUAAGGUCUUGGUCAAGCUUGGUCGGGGGAAGGAUGCUUUAAGUAGCUGCACUGCAGCAUUGGAGAUUGAUGAAGAGCUCACAGAAGCUCUAGUUCAGAGAGGUGAAGCAAAACUCUUGACUGAGGACUGGGAAGGUGCUGUGGCAGAUCUCAAGUCAGCAGCUCAACAAUCCCCGCAGGAUAUGGGUAUUCGAGAAGCUCUGAUGAGGGCAGAGAAGGCCUUGAAGAUGAGCAAAAGGAAGGACUGGUACAAGAUAUUGGGAGUUUCAAAGACUGCAUCUGUGGCUGACAUCAAGCGUGCCUAUAAGAAGCUCGCUUUGCAAUGGCACCCAGAUAAGAACGUCGAUAACAGAGAAGAGGCAGAGAACAAGUUUCGGGAGAUCGCAGCUGCAUAUGAGGUACUUAGUGAUGAAGACAAGCGUGUGAGAUACGAUAGAGGGGAAGACAUAGAAGACAUGGGAAUGGGUCACGGGGGUGGCGGCGGCGGUUUCGGUUUCAAUCCCUUCGGCGGCGGCGGCAGUGGGCAGCAAUUCCAUUUCACCUUUGAAGGCGGUUUCCCGGGAGGCGGCUUCCCAGGAGGAUUUGAGUUCCAUUUUUGAUCGCUCGGGACUUUGACUCGGGAGGUUCACUGGAGAGAAAACUAUGAAGUGGAGGUAACUUUAUGCGGACCCAAUUAACUAACUCGAGCUCGGACAACCACCUGGCGGCAUGUAUAGUUUUAGAUCAUUGAUUUAGUUGUAAUCAUCCCGGAGAAAGUUUUGCUUUCGAGAAACAUCAGAUUUGCAAAGUCCAUGGUAGUUGAUCAUAGAAACUGUACCGAGGUACGUUCGAUUUGGGCUCUCCUACAGAGCAGAGGGGACCCUCCCACAUGAUUUUUUAAUCCGAUUUUUUUUUUUUUUUUUUGCCCUAUAAAGACUAGAGAUAUAAUCAAAUUGAGUCUUGUUA